UAUGAUGAAUUUACUUCGCCACGGUCUACUUUUAUAUGGUAUUUCAUAUUAUACUUCUUUAGUAUAUUCUGAAAAUCAAGAGUAUAAAUUAAAACAAAAGCUAUUUAAAAAUUAUGACCCAACUGUUAGACCAGUUAAAGAUGUUAGAACUAUAACUAAAGUUGCUUUUAGCUACUCUUUAGGAUUCAUUGAAAGCUUGUCCUGGAAAGAUGAAUUUCUUUCAUGGGACUUUAGAAAAGAGAAUGUAACAUCUAUAGUAACAACAUCGGAUAAAAUUUGGAUGCCUGAAAUGUCGCUAAGAAACGGCAUGGAGGCUAUUGGAGAUUUGUCAUUCAGAGGAAAGAAUAGGAUAAGAAUAUUCUUUUCAGGAGCCGUGAUAUUUAUAACUAAUUUACAAGUAAAGACUUCGUGCUUAGUCAAUAUUCAGAGAUUUCCACACGACAUUCAGGUAUGUCACAUAGAAUUUGUAACAAUUUCUAGUAACAUUGGUGACGUAUCAUACGAACCUCUCAAUCAAUCAAUUAAGUCGGAUUUCUCAACGUCAAAUUCCGAGUGGAUAGUAAUAAAUUCAAAAAUUGGGUCUAAAACUUCAAUAACGCCCGAAAUGGCAAAUUUAACAUUGAGCUACGUAUCACUGGUUUUACAGAGGAAAUCUUUAUAUUAUAAUUUAAUACUAACUGGACCACUAUUCCUAAUAACUUUGGUAUCAUUUUGUACAUUUUUAUUACCUUGCGAAAGCGGUGAAAAGAUUUCACUUGGAAUCAGCGUUUUGCUAUCUUAUUCCGUUCUAACAUUGAUGAUGUCUGAAGUUCUACCGAAAAAUUCAGAGAAACCACCAAUGCUAAGUAGUUAUUAA